AUGCCUUAUCCAAACGACAUUUUUGGCAUAUUCCAGGAGGGCGUCAUCGGGCCUAUGGGACCUGAGUCAUGGGAGCGGCAGCUUUGCUUAGACGAUAGGUCCACAAAUUGUUAUAUCGACCACAUCGUGUUUUGUAAAUGCAAAGACGACAAGAAACACGAAUUCUUGUUGAUUUCCGUUCGCUACCCGGACCCAAACAUCACGAACAAGGCACUUGUGGUCGUCGACCGUUCACCCUCCGCUCCGUCACCCAACUCGUCUGUUCAUACCCCUCUAGGCUCUGCCAUUGUGUCACCGUCAGUCUCCGAUACUCCUGCCCAUGAUCGUAUUGUCAUCACCAAAGAAGACGAUAAAACGGAGUUGACUAAACCGUAUAAACCAUACAGGGAGCUCUGUACCCUUACAUUCUCCGAGUCUUGUCCCUCCAAUAUCACCGGAAAUUAUUUAUCGCCUUCUGUUCGGCAGCUAUGCAUCCUGUUGAAAGUCAUCAACAAACACGCCCCGCUCUACAAUCUUUAUGAGCACCAGUGCUACUGGUUUGCGAAUACCGUGUUUGACACGUUGAAGAAACUAUUUCCAAAUGCAGAGGAGAAGUGUAGUUCACACGACAUGCGCGCCAACUAUCACGGGUUGAAAUUCGACCAUCGUCAUGGCGCGAGGCGUGUGACAGGGUGA